GAGAGGAAAAUGGUGGCGAGCACUCGCGUACAGAAGCUGCUCCGUCGAUACAAACUUGCCAUUGCUGCCGCUUUAACAAUUCUUCUGAUUCAAGGUUUGGUGGUAUGGAGUCUUCGGAGUCUGGAGGAAGGAGAGGCCGAGCGCAGGGAGCGGCGGUCUAAGCUGCCUGAUCACAACAACCAGGAUGUGAGGAGAGACUCAGAAGCCAGGGGACAGAAUGCCCUGUCCGGGGGUUACCACGGCCGAGGGAAGCAUGACCUGGAGCGGCAUGUUGUCACUCGUCCCCUCAGGAAAGGUGGAAAGCAAAGAAUGAAGCCCUCGAGGAUGGAAAGAGCUGGAGUAGUGCAGGGCAUUGGAGCUGUAGAUGCCAUCGCCCCAUAUGAUCCAUCAAGCAGCCGUAACUUCACCGAUAUGAAGGGGCAGGAAGGAGGAAAAUUCCCAGCAGGAGCUCAAGGAGAACCAGGGAGCGUUGAUGGCGCACCUCAGGUCCCAAGCAAUGACUUUGUGCCCAGCUGUGAGAUUGUUGGGAAAGAUGCGCUGUCGGCUCUGCACCGUGCUGGAUCACGCCAGUGCCGGCAGGAGAUCGCCAAUAUUGUGUGCAAACAUCAGGCUGGAGAGCUGAUGCCACAGGCUUUACCUCAGUACUGCACACAGCAUGGUAUCCUGUCCAGUGCCAGCCACCAAGCUGAUGUUAUAGACAACGAUUUGUCCAAAGUGGAGAACCCAGUCAGGGUGGCGUUUGUGCUGAUGGUUCACGGUCGAGCUGUACGGCAGUUGAAGCGGCUCCUCAAAGCCAUUUAUCACAAAGACCAUUUCUACUACAUCCAUGUGGAUAAGCGAUCCAACUACCUGCAUCGUGAAGUUGUGCACAUGGCUGAGCUGUACUCCAAUGUGAGGGCCACACCCUGGCGCAUGGUCACUAUCUGGGGUGGGGCCAGUCUGCUGAAAGCCUACUUGCGCAGCAUGCAGGACCUGCUGUCUAUGCUCGACUGGAAAUGGGACUUCUUCAUCAACCUCAGUGCCACCGACUUCCCCACCAGGACCAACGAUGAGCUAGUGGCUUUCCUCUCUCAGAACCGUGACAAGAACUUCCUGAAGUCUCAUGGCAGAGAGAAUGCCAGGUUCAUUAAGAAACAGGGGUUGGACAGACUCUUCCAUGAGUGUGAUAAUCACAUGUGGCGGCUUGGUGAGCGCACCAUCCCUGAGGGCCUGGAGGUGUCUGGUGGCUCUGACUGGUUUUCACUUACACGCCGCUUUGUCGAGUAUGUGGUCAGCUCCAAGAAUGAGCUGGUGACCGGGCUGAAGCAGUUCUACACCUACGCCCUGCUCCCUGCUGAGUCUUUCUUUCACACUGUGUUGGGUAACAGCCACAUGUGUGACACGCUAGUGGACAACAACCUGCGAGUUACUAACUGGAAUCGUAAACUGGGCUGCAAAUGCCAGUACAAGCAUAUAGUGGACUGGUGCGGAUGCUCUCCCAAUGACUUCAAACCUGCUGAUCUCAUCCGAAUUCAGCAGCUGACACGGCCCACGUUCUUCGCCCGCAAAUUUGAAUCCACCGUCAACCAGGAGGCCAUUGAUAUUCUUGAUACCCACCUGUAUGGGCACUACCCAGCAGACACUGCAGCACUCAAGGCCUACUGGGAAAGCCUGUUUGAGCGGGAAGAUGGUGUGGGUACUCUCAGCGACGUGGCACUCACAGCCUACAUGUCCUUCUUCAGACUUGGUCUCAGUAGUCAGAAAACCAUGCAUGAGGCCUGCAGGUUUUUGCCUGCUGGCUACCCUGUAUCUGUCCAUCUCUAUUUCUAUGACGACCGUUUCCAGGGCUACCUGGUGCGCCAGGAGGUGAAGAACAUGGUGUCUGGGAAGAAGGAAAUGCUGGAGGUGUGGGUUGUUCCUCAGGCUACAUUACAGCUAGAGAGCAACCUGAAUGAGUUUGAGAGACUAAAGAACCUCGAGGUAGGAACUGAGUGGGACCCCAAGGAGAGAAUUUUCCGGAACUUUGGUGGGGUGAUGGGCCCUUUGGACGAACCUGUGGCAGUGCAGAAAUGGGCUCGUGGCCCCAACCUUACAGCCACCAUCGUGUGGAUUGAUCCUGCUCAGGUGGUUGCAGCAUCUUAUGACAUCAGCGUGGAUGUAGAGGCGGAGUUUACACAGUACAAGCCACCACUGCAGCGUCCUCUCAGGCCAGGAGUGUGGACAAUCCGUGUGCUGAGACUAUGGGAGCAUGUGGCUCAAGUUCGCUUUCUGGUCAUGCCUCUGGCCUUUAAAGGAAAGGAGCCAUUUCACAAAGAGGAGCACAGCUGGCUGCACGCAGGUCCUGCAGGCAAUGUUUACCUGGAGCAGGGCUUCCAGCAGCUCUCUCGGGUUCUGAAGCUGCCUCCUAUGGAGCCUGCCCUGGAGGAGUCUCAGAAGAAGGCGUCUCUGGUGGGCAAGGCUUUGGAGGGUUGGGUGGACAGCUUAGUAGGUGCCUUCUGGGUAACUGGAGGUAUGUGUUCCAGUCAGAUAUCCCUCUGUCCCAGUGUACAGCUGUGUGCCAAGACCAGCUGGAGCUCCUUGUCCCCAGAUCCCAAAUCUGAACUCGGUGCAGUCAAAAGCAACGGCCGCAUCAGGUAGCCUGAAAGGUUUUGGGUGAAUGGGGUGAGAACACUAAAGUGAACUACAGGGGAGAGGAGGUGCCCUUUGGAGUGAUGUUUACAGAAUAUGGGUCUCUUGGAUCAUCCCACUGUUUUCUGGUCAAGGCACCUUGUCUUGAGGAUUGGUGUCCUGGACAAUCGAAGACUGAAUUAACAUUUGCACAUGAGAAUCUUUUCUAAUUUUAAAGGAUCAUUGUUUGUGAUUCGAAAUGUUACAGGUUUUUUUGGGGUGUGUCCAUAUUGCAGUCUUGAUUUGACUGGAUUGAUGAUACAAAGCCCUUAACCUCAAUUUUUUUUCCCUUAUUUUCAGAACAAGUCAAAAAAGUGCACAUUUUUUUUCUGUGUAUACAGUAAUUGUAGCCAUUUUUUUAUUUAAGCUUUACUACCUGUAGAAGGUUGGUGGUUGGAGUCCUGCAGCACAGUGGUUCUCAUAGUGAUGUGUGUGAAGCGUACCCAGCCAGUCCGUGAAGUUUAUUUUUAUUUUUUUUCCCCUUUUGGAAAUCACAGCCCACCACUAUGAAAGCUGAUAUAUACAUUAUAAUUGUCUUUGUAUAGUUAUUAGAAUGUUUAACUGAUUACAUGAAUUUAAGUAGGUUUUAAUCCAGUCUCACGAACUCAAACAAGUAGGCCUAUAAAUAACGUCAGCAAAGAUGUAAUGUGUCAGUGGAAAGGUCAGGCAGGAAAUACUUUAUGGCUCCAGUUAAUAUUAAACACUUAUUGUACACAUUUAAAUUAUUUAGAAUUGUUGAAAUUUGUGUUGUGGUCCUAUGGAAUAUAUUUUGCAUAUAAAAGGGGCCCCUGGCUCCUGGAAGUUCUCACCUGUAAUUUAAACAAAACAUGUUUUUUUUUUUAGAGAGAGAGAGAGGGAUUCAAACUUUAGAAGCCGAUUGAUUAAGUGCACUUUACUGUAAAAGAAACGUCUGAAUUACAGACACCGAGGUGGAGCUUGUGAAGUGACUCUGGAGAUCAGAUGAUCCGUGGCUCCAUUUGAGGAUACUUCAAGUGCUGCUUAUAGAGACACUUUCACCAUCAUGUGUGUCAUGUAGAGUUUAAAAAAAGAGCAAAAUGGACAAACGCCACUAAAUAUCCUUCCAUUAGAAGAAGCAAAGUGUGUGUGUGUGUGUGUGUGGUAAUGCUGUGACUGACUUGUAUGUUUAGAAUGGCUUCUUUUGAAACGAUGCCAUAGAUGUUUUACCACUGCAAUUGUUUUCCCCAUUGAAAAGCUAAAGGUGCUAUAUAAGCACAUGGUUAGUAUCACCUGCAGCUUGAAUGAGCUGACCCUUCUGAUGAUCAGUGGAAAAAGAGCUUUUUCAUUGUCUUGUCCUCCUAAAUGUAAAUGCCAUGAUGGCCAGAUCUGCUACCAAUUCAUGAUCUUUGGCCAUCUCGUGUAAUUCUUAAAGGUCGAACUGUCUUAGACAUCCUAGAGAUCACACGGGCACCUUGGUACUCGCCCACUUUACUGCAGAAUUAUAAUAGAAAGCUCCUGAGUAAUGCAGUCUAUUACUGUUUCUAAAUUUUAUGUGCAUAUACAGUAGGUUUCUGUUACAGCCUACCACUGCAAUGCAGUACAUCCUCAUGGUGGACAGCUAAACACAUCAGUGAAGUAUAGCAUUAUUAUUAUUAUUAUUAUUAUUAUUGUUGUUGUUGUUGUCACCUUGUGUCAGAUGGUAAUUUUCUUCAGUAUUUGCACAAGCUUUUUCUUUUCUAGUUGAGAAUCCAGUGGUGGACAAAUUGUAAAUUGUUUAGUUAGCCCAUUGUUUUGGUUGGCUGGAAGCCUGACUGACCAGGUUAAAACCUAGUAACUAACAAUCUAAUAAAGUAUGGCCAACUAGUUAAAUGCAUUGAUGCAAGCACAAAGAAGAAUAUAUAAACUCCAAGUUGCCCAUAGUAAUUAUCCUCGUAAGUGUCUGAAGUAGCACAUCAUUAUUUGCGCUCUUGAGGAAAAAGUUAGCAAAUUGGUGGUCAGCGUUUGGCUCUGAGCUGUACUGUUCUCUCUUAUCUGCAUCAUGAAGAGAGAUCAUUUGAAUUUGGCUAGCUUCUUUCUGUUCUCUUGAUUGUGUGUAGUAAGCAGGAGAGUUAUGCUGCACUUUCUGUUGCAUACUUUUGUCAGGGUUUCCACAUAUCUGCAUGGUUCUAGUUCUGAAAAGAUAGUCCAUGCAUGCUCAUUUAUCCAACUACUGAAUGCUGAUGUGUGUAGUGCAGCAGGUGGUGGGAUUCAGAAGGAGUAACAUGCAAUAUAGUUACUGUUUGUGUGUUUUCCCCCUCUAGUUGUUGAAUGAAGAAGAAGAAGGGGAAAAAAAGGCUAGUAGCUGCUGAGAGUAAAAGUAGUUUUACUGACUAAAUACAGCCUGUACAUGUCCUCCUCAUCGUCUGGGAGUCCAGGCUAGUGAUUCGUCCACCCUGAGAUGCAUCACUGAAUGGGUCAAACUGGCUUCUUUUGCACAGCCAAUAAAGAAUAAUUCUUUUUUUUUUAAAACUUCUAAACUCAUUUAAAUUUAUAGUGAAUUUCUGUCUUUACACACCUGCAUCAGAGAAACCUAUUGUUUUAGGACAAUAAAUGGUGUGUGUGUGUGUGUGUGUGUGUGUGUGUGUGUGUGUGUACAUGCAUAUUGAUGUAAAGUGGUGCAGUGUGAGAAUCAAUGGAAUAUUUUUGUAUUUAUAAUUCCUCCUGGAGAGGGAGGUCAUAUUUUUUAUCUGUUAGUCAUAUCAGGAUCACUGCUUCAGUCUAGUCUGUUUCAUGAACCUUGUUGUGCAUUAUCUGUGUCUCAUGAAAUGGUACCUCGAUUGGAGUGUUUUUUUUAGGGUUUUAAAAGACAGUGUUCUGAGUGGCAGCAAUGGUUUCACUGUCCAGCUGCGUGUUUGAAAAAUAAGGUGAAAUUGAAGAGCAGAGAUGUUUCUGUUCCAGGCACAAUAAAUAUGAACUCAAUGGCA